GAGUUUUAUGACGCAUUGAGCGCACCGCUUGACUAGUUGCGGAGAAUUUAGAACCUUCGAAUUCUUGUAGCUCCCUUGCGGACAACCUUGGAACCAUUGACCUCGACUUCGACGAAACAACCUCCGAGCCGGACUCUUCAAUAUGUCUGGUGUUGACGAUGUGGAGAACUCGCAAAGGAAGAAUAAAGCCCCCUACACAUCGCACCAUCCGAUUCCUACCGUCCAAAAAUACCGUGAGGAGAAACAGCAGCGCGAAGAAGACUACAGAGCGCCGGACGAGCUAGAAGACGAUCACAGCAAGCUAGACCGCCUCGGGGAUGCAUACAACACACUCCGAUACGGGAAGGAGGCUGCAGCUCCCGCUGAUAAUACACAGCCAUACAAAGCGGAGAAUAAGAAUUUCGGACAGGAUGAGCAUGUCGCCGACGACCAUGCCGGUCGGACUGGCAAGGACCACCAGGAAGGUGACGGUAAGGAAAGUGGGUGUGAUGGAAAUACUGCAGAGGAUACGACAGAGGGAAUACUGCACGAGAUGGAUCCUAAGAAGGCCCGCAAGGCAAUGAAGAAGUUUUCCGCCGACGGCACAGAGCGCGAGGUCACUGAUCCGGUUACCCAUCUGCCUGUCACCAUCCACGAUUUCACAGGCAAGGAUCUUAAGAUGACGCCCAAGAACGGGCCGCCUGCAGGAUCAGAACUCAGGUCUGCGACUGGUGGCACUGCUAUGAGGAAAAGUGAGGAGCAACUUAGUGCAGAGGGCCAAGAUGCCCAGGAUGCACACACCAUCAUGGAGACCCUCUUUCCCCCCCCUGAUUUUGCUAUUACGAGGGAGCAGAUCACUGGUGUAUACCGGAAGGCCCUGACUGCGGGAUUGGGCAUCGUGAGUGCCAGUUUGACAGUCGUGGUUGCAAUAUUCCAGAUCACUCGAACUUCCACUGGGUGGUCGAGGGCAUUCUUUACUCUUCUCGAAAUCGGAGUCAGUCUCGGCGUCUCUGCCGCUAUCAUACUUGGGAUGAGGCAAUGGACAGAGAACAAGAUCAGGGGUGUAUGGGAAACGGAGGUUUGGCACGCAGAGUGGCAGCAGGGAAAGAAGCUGGCAAAGAGCCAGACCGCCGAGAGUGCGCAGUGGCUCAAUUCGCUGCUUGCAUCCAUUUGGCCGUUGAUAAAUCCAGAUUUGUUCACGAGCGUGUCUGAUACUCUCGAGGAUGUCAUGCAAGCUAGCUUGCCCAAAAUGGUCCGAAUGAUCAGUGUCGAAGAUAUUGGUCAAGGGAGCGAGGCCCUCCGCAUUCUCGGGGUUCGUUGGCUCCCUACUGGCGCUGCUGCGAAAUCUGUAUCCGAGGAUGGCAAACUUAAGUCCUCCAACCAGGAAAAUAAUGACCGGAAAAUCCCAGGCGAGGGUGAGGUCCAGAAGAACGCGGACAAUGUUGCCGAAGGCAUGGAAGCGGAAGAAGGCGAUUUUGUCAAUGUUGAGAUUGCUUUCGCGUAUCGGCCCUCCACUGGAAGACGAGGAAUGAAGGAGCGGGCGAAGAAUGCUCAUCUUUAUCUUGCAUUCUAUAUGCCUGCAAACGUCAAACUACCUGUUUGGGUCGAGCUUCAUGGUAUCGUUGGGACCAUGCGACUUCGUCUGCAGCUCACCCCCGAUCCGCCUUUUUUUUCCCUAUGUACCCUCACCUUCCUUGGUCAGCCUAGAGUCGAUCUUUCAUGCAUCCCCCUUCUCAAGAAAGGUCCUAACCUUAUGGAUCUACCUCUCAUCUCCCGCUUCGUGCAGUCCUCGGUCGAUGCCGCCAUGGCAGAAUACGUUACGCCGAAGUCGCUCACUCUUGACCUCAAAGAUAUGCUUGUCGGUGACGACUUUAAGAAGGAUACUAGUGCCCGCGGGGUCUUGGUUGUUACAAUCAAGCGCGCAUUUAACUUCAAAGAAGGUGAUGCUGGCUUCGGCCCAGUCAAGAAAGGCUCUGCGGACCCAUACGUGAGUGUUGGCUGGGCUAAGUUUGGUAAGCCUCUCUGGUCUACACGCGUGUUACAGAACAAUAUGGAGCCUGUUUGGGAGGAAACCUGUUACAUCCUGGUUACGCCCGACGAGCUGAAUGUAGAUGAGCGGCUCAGGGUUCAAUUGUGGGAUUCGGAUCGCACAACAGCCGAUGAUGACCUUGGUCGUAUCGAAUUGGAUGUCAAAGGUAUCAUGAGAGACAAGGAAACGAAUGGCAAGAUAUCAGACCGGGAGGAUGGCUUCAAGUCUCUCAAGGCUGGCGAGGGCAUGCCUGGCAAGCUUCAAUGGAGCGUUGGGUACUUCUCGAAGACGAGGAUUACAGAUGAACAGCUUACGGCACAGGAUGAAGACCCCGAUGUGAAAAAUAUUGAUCAGCUGAGGCAGAAGGUGUAUGAGCAGAGUGAGAAGAAGUUGCGAGAAGCAAGCAAGGAUGAGAGCGAAGAGAUUGAGCAGCAGAAGGCGCAGGACUUUAAGGCCCGCCAGGACGAACUCAUUAUUGCCUCCCCACCUCCUCAAAAGUACCCGUCUGGCAUUCUCAGCGUCCAAAUCCAUCAAAUUACUGGCCUCGAGCUCGAAGCAAUCAACAAAAACAAGGCAUCGAAGAACGAAGGUGCUAGCGAUGAGGAAGAAGAGGGCGAUGAUCUUCCAUCCGCCUAUUGUACCAUCAUUCUCAAUCACCAGAAAGUCUUCAAGACGAGGACGAAGCCGAAGAAUGCCAAACCAUUCUUCAACGCCGGCUGUGAGCGCUUCAUUGCCGAUUUCCGUAACACCGAGAUCCAUAUCUCUGUCCGCGAUGCUCGAGUCCACGAAGAUGACCCUCUCUUAGGUAUCGUCUAUCUGCCGCUGUCGAAACUUCUUCACGAGCGCAGCCAAAUCGAUGCCAGCUUCCCAAUUUCUGGAGGAGUCGGAUACGGUCGUGCUCGCGUUUCACUGGUUUUUAGGUCGGUACAAUUGCAAACGCCGCAUAAAAUGCUUGGUUGGGAAUACGGUACUCUUGAUAUUAAGCCAGUUGUGAAAGCCAUUGAUGUCCCCACAGAUCUCCGAUCUAUGCGGAUGAAGAUCCGAACCUCACUUGGACGCGGCAAAUUGCACACCGGAACUGAAGACAGCGAAAAGAGUCAGCAGGAUGGACGCGUUGUAUGGAAGACGAAAAAAGACCACGUUUUGCGUAUUGCAGUCCGUAAACGCCAUGCAUCUCCCCUCGUCGUCGAAUUCAGGAAAGACUCUACACUCUCAGACCGUACACCAGCUUUUUGCAUCCUGUGGCUGAAAGAUAUCCCGGAUAACGAAGAGCAGACUGUUCGUCUGCCUAUAUGGAAUGGGGAUUUAAGUAGGGCGGAAAACAAUGUUCUCUCGGAAUGUGGAGAUAAGGUUGGUGAGAUUGAAUUAAACCUUACAUUCUGGUCGGGGUUGUCAGGCUACCAUGAGGCCCUCGCAAAGAAAGAUCGCCAUAUUGCCGACAUUAUGGAAGUCUUGGAUGCGUGUCACGACAAUGACGAAAUGGACUGGGAUGACGGUACGAACGGUGAAGGAGAUUCGUCAUCGUCUUCGGACUCAGAUUCAACGUUCCUACCAGAUUUUCUUGCAACCAAGAGCGGGAGCAGCCUCGAUGAGAAUGGAAAGAGAGGAACAGUAGAUCAACUCCGAGAAUACAAGCAGCAUGCGAAACAGCUGCAUAGGAGGAAUAGGGGGAUGAUGCAGUGGAAAGGACCAAGGACUUUGGCUUGGAUGAAACAUCUUGCUAAGAGGGGAGAGGGCAAGGUGGAGGGGCUGUUUAAGCAUGGCGACAGUAGCGGAGGGGGAAUUGAAACGGAGGUGUAG